GGUCUUUCUGGGAAGUUUCAGUGGCCUAGGUUACCACGCGGUCCACGUUGUGAAAAGAAAGUCAGAGAAGCGGAGUAAUAAGUAUCGCAAGAGACCAGGGCUCCACGGACUUACUACUCUUCUUCCACUUCACCCAAUGGCGCGCGUCUUUCCCAAACCCAGCCACUGUGGGAUUCGCUCUACAAUCUACAACUUCCAGAAUCUGGAUUAUGUUCCAUGGCAGCGGUCCAAACAGAAAUCCAAGUCACCUACUCUGCCUCCCAUCCUACAAACCAGAGGCCACCAGAAGAGCAAAACGAAGACUUUGACUAGCGUCCUGCCAGGGUUGCAUUCCAAGCCCACCACGUCUAUGACAAGCCAGCUGAGGAAUCCACAAGAAAAGUACAGUGGGAGGUUGGACUCCGGGAAGACACAGAAGAAAAUCCGGCUAUUGAGGGCGUUGCUCAGGAACAGGCGAACCACGCUGCAGGAGCUCUCCAGCCAUGAGGUCUUUCUCACCAAGCACAACCUGGAGCUGAUCAAGGACAUCCAGGACAUGGAAGACAGCUCGGCCCUGAAAGUGCGCACGAUGCUGCAGGAGCAGGACAUUCUCCAGACUGUCGUGGACAUCUUGGAGUACUCGAACAAGAAGAAGCUGCAGAAACUCAAGUGUGAACUUAAGGAGUGGGAGGAGAAGGAGGAGUCCAAGAUGAAGUCCCUGGCACAGCAGGUUGAGCAGCUGAAUGCCAAGAUUGAGAAGACCUACAAGGAAGUGAGCUUCCUGAGCACAUACAUGGACCAUGAGUAUCCUGUCAAGUUGGUCCAGAUCGCCAGCCUUGUGCGUCAAGUGCAGCAGAUAAAGGACAACCAGCAGGAUGAGCUGGAUGACCUUGGUGAGAUGCGCAGAAUGGUCCUGCAGUCUUUGUCUAAUCAGAUUCAGAAGAAGAAGAAAAAGCUUCUGCAAGCUCUGGUGGUGAAAAGCCAGCAGCCCCAUCAGGAAGCUCUUCUGCAGAAGACCCGGGACAACCAGGACAUGCUGAAGUACGUGGACAAGUUCCGAGAAUUUAUCAACCAGUUUGAGGAGGAAAUACCCAUACUGAAGGCCGAGGUGGAGCAGCUCCAGGUGCAGGUCCAGGAGCCCCGAGAGAUGGUAUUUGCAGACGUCCUGCUUCGGAGACCCAAGUGCACCCCAGACAUGGACGUCAUCCUCAACAUCCCCGUGGAAGAGGUGUUGCCCUUCUAGAUGCCGGGGCCAGGGGCCAGCCUUCCCUCCCUGCUCUUUUUCCUAUACCUGGAGCCUUGACUUACCUUCUUCCCUGAGCGCAUGCCCGCUUUCAGAGUCUGG